ACAUAGCCUGAUAACGGCUUAUAUCGAUCGGUGAUACGGACGUGACAGCGCGCGCAACUCGGACCAUGGACACUUCAGUCUGCUUCAAUCCAGUCGCUCGAGUGUGAUGCAUAAGCAGGAACGAUGUUCGACGGUACGCGGCGGGCAAUUCCCCUGUUUCUCGUCGCCGCGAUUCUUCACCGUGCUUAUGGCGACAGCGCGAUCAGGGCGAGCGACAAGAGGCACGGUGGCGCGAGCGACUAUCAGAUGUGUCUCGACAGCUUCGACAUCCACAGGGACAAGAUUAUCAGAACCCAAGACUCGCGCGUCAUGGGUGCCAAGUUCUUGAACGUUCUGGACGUCGAGUCCAGGGAGGACUGUCUCAAGUAUUGCUGUGAAACCGAUCGCUGCGACGUGUUUAUCUUUGAAGAAAAGAAACCGAGCAGCUGCUACCUCUUCCAGUGUGGCCCAUUGCACGACUUCAAGUGCAAAUUUACGAGGCAUGCCAAUUAUACUAGUGCUGUGCGCACAAGUUAUCCCAUACAGAAUGUACAGGUAGAAGAGGAGGUCAGGAUAUCCCAGCAGGAGCACGAGUUAAAAUCCCUUAGAAAAAGUAACGAGAUUACGUCGGAUUACGGAUUUACGGAAACUCCUGUCAAACCUGUAGUCACCCAAAUAUCAAAAGUGAUAAUAACUACGCCAGCACCAGUCAAGCCAGCCUGCAGUAGAAAUCAGUAUGAGUGUCGUUCAUCCGGAGACUGCAUAGCCAUAUACAACGUUUGCGACGGUAUUCCGCAGUGCGCAGACGGUUCUGACGAAGCGGCAGAUCUCGUAUGUCCUACGGAGAAACCGACGGUGUCUCCAAUAAUACAGGUGCCACGUCCGCCCGCCGAAAUCCUGCGAUAUCAGCAAAUGAUCGAUCAACGCAAGCCGCUUCCUCCGUUCUAUCCCGGGCCGGAGAUCAAUCCUAAGUCUUGGGACAUAUCGAAUCUGGCUCAUCAAAUGUCUCAGCCACAAAAUAUUCCGUAUCCCGGACAACCGAUGGAGAUACCGCAGAUGCAAAUGCGCAAGAAUUACGGCUCAUCAGGAUACCAGUGGGAUUAUCAGCCUCUAUAUGAACAAAAUAAGGAUCCCUAUGUUCCUAGUAAUACUAUUCGCGAACAACAUAUAAAUCCCUAUGAACAACAACCACACAUAUUUAAUCACAAAGGUUUGAGCGUCAUAGGAAACAAUGACGCAGAUAGAGGGCCGUAUAUGGAUUCCAAGCAUUCCUAUUUUCCACAUUUUCCAUCGGCAAAUAAACCAGUUUGGCAAGAAAAUCCGGUGCAAUUUUCACAAUCUGUCACACCAAACUCUCAGCAAAAGCAACCUAAUGAUAUAGAAAAUGUUGCAGUAAUCACGACGACGCCCGCUUGUGAUACUUCGGAGGAGCAUAAAAAUGAAUUGACAAAUGAGAAUAAAGAACCUGUAAAGAAAGAAGAAAAAUCUAAUACUUAUUUAACACAUGCAAAGUUGAGUAAACAAAUUACUGAAAAACCAAUUUUAUUAGCAAGUGAAGUUACCAAACAUAAUCAUGUUAAGGAAUCGAAAGACAAAACUGUGAUUGUAAUCGAAGAGCACCCAAAGCCACACGACAGAACUGAUGUUAUUGCAGAACAUCUUCAAAUAAUUGAAAAUGACGUUUUAAGGCCCAAAGGUGCCGUAAUAUCGUUAUCGUUGGGACUUAUAGCGACUGCGAUCACGGCUGCUUUAAUUGUUUGCCGAUUGCGAGUAGUAAAAAGGCGUGGAAGAUGCGGGCACGGACCUUUCGCGCAUGAUGCUGAUUAUCUAGUUAAUGGAAUGUAUUUAUAAAAGAACACGAAACGCUUAUAUAAAUUUAUCUAGUCCACAAUCUAGUCAUUUUAAUGUAUUUAUCAUAUUUUCAUAUCAUGUAUUUCCAUCAUUAAAUUAUUGAAAUCUCAUCUAACAGAUUUAUUUUACUUUCUAAUAAAAAUAUAACUUUAUACCAUGCUUAUUCAUAUUAUAUAAAAUUGCAAGUGUUUUCGUGCUUAUUGCUAGCAUUUUGAUAUAGAAAUGUAAAAAUCAAUAAACUUAUAAAUUAUUGUUAUUA